CAACUAACAGAAAAAAGUUUCAAUUUUCGGUUUUCUAUACUUUUGAGGGUUGACUCUAAUUCUAGGAGGUGGAAAGGUACUAAAUUACGUUGGACGAAAUGUGGAUACGAGGAUUCAGAUUUUGGAUCAAAGGCUGCAUUUUGUUGGCGUUAAUAUCUGCAAUUUCCGCUCUGGAACCCGAACUGGGAUCGACUCGCGUCGUUUUUCAGACAAAGUAUGGGGACAUUGAAUUUGGUUUCUAUCCAACUGUUGCACCCAAAACUGUUGACCACAUUUUUAAACUCGUGCGACUUGGAGGCUAUAACACUAACCAUUUCUUUCGGGUGGAUAAGGGAUUUGUGGCCCAAGUAGCAGAUGUCUCGAAUGGGAGAUCGGCUCCCAUGAAUGAGGAUCAGAAAAGAGAGGCUGAUAAGACUGUUGUUGGUGAAUUUAGUGACGUCAAACAUGUUCGGGGUAUUCUUUCCAUGGGAAGGUAUGAUGAUCCAGACAGUGGUUCAUCCUCAUUUUCAAUACUACUUGGAGAUGCUCCUCAUCUUGAUGGAAAGUAUGCGAUAUUUGGAAAAGUUACUAAAGGCGAUGAGACAUUGACAAAGCUCGAGCAACUACCUACCCGCAAAGAGGGUAUAUUUGUAAUGCCAAUGGAACGCAUCACUAUCUUGUCAUCUUAUUACUAUGACAAAGAGACAGAAAAUUGUCAGCAAGACAGAUCAGUUUUGAAGCUCAGACUAGCUGCCUCAGCUGUUGAAGUUGAACGACAGAGGAUGAAAUGCUUCCCCUGAUAGUUUCAAGUUUGCCAUUAAAUUGGAUUGAACAUUACACUGGUGCAUUCUCAUUUUAUAUAAUGUCCUAGUAGUGUAUCAAGAUACUGCCUUUUUUUGUACGAGAAAUUGUUCCAACUAUACACAAGCAUGAAUUCAAACAGUGUCCGGCUCAAGAGCUUGAUUCUAUACUCGUUCCAUAUCCAAAUGCCGUUUCCUGAAUGCUCAAAAUUUCACCUUUAAAAAAAA